CGCGCCGUUCCCGGAAGUACGUCAUGAGGCAAGAUGGCCGCUCACAUGGGUGAUUCCGGCAGCGUGACUCCCCGGCGGUGAGACGAGUAGGCUGCUGUGUCGGGGUAUGUGAGCGAAGUCCCUGCGGCUCGUGUGCAGGUGUUUGGGGGCAAUAAACAGUAGGACUGUUACCUUGCUGAUACCUUGAGAAGAGAAGAUGACUUCAUACAAGCCUGUCUCCAUCCCUGCCUACCCUAAGCUUGGGGAGAAGAUCACUCAGGAUACGCUGUACUGGAAGCGUUACAAGACUCCGGUGCAAAUUAAAGAAUUUGGCGCUGUAACAAAAAUUGACUUUUCACCUGUACAGCCAUUCAACUAUGCAGUCACAGCGUCUACCAGGAUCAACAUCUAUGGCAAAUAUUCUCAGGAACCAAUAAAAACCUUUUCUCGCUUUAAAGAUACAGCAUAUUGUGGAACACACAGAGGCGAUGGGAAGCUGCUUGCUGCCGGCUGUGAAGACAGUGUAGUGCAGCUCUUUGAUAUCAGCGGAAAGGCUGCUUUGAGGCAAUUCAUUGGACAUAGCAAAGCGGUGCAUUUUGUGGAUUUCACUGCAGAUAAGUUUCGGAUUGUGUCAGGCUCAGAUGACUAUGCAUCCAAAAUCUGGGACAUUCCAAAUGGGACCGAAAUCUCUUCCUACAAAGAGCAUACGGACUACGUGCGCUGCGGCUGUACAAGCAAGCUCAGUGACGAUCUCUUUGUUACAGGCUCCUAUGAUCAUACUGUAAAGGUUUUUGAUGCUCGCACAGAACACAGCGUGAUGACCAUGGAGCAUGAACAUCCGGUGGAGAGUGUCCUCCUUUUCCCUUCAGGGGGGCUUCUUGUCUCUGCAGGUGGUAGAUAUGUGAAAAUUUGGGACCUACUGAAGGGAGGGCAGCUAUUGGUGUCCUUAAAAAAUCAUCACAAAACAGUAACUAGUCUGUGCCUUAGUAGCUCUGGUCAGAGGCUGCUGUCUGGAUCACUAGACAGGCAUGUGAAGAUCUACAGCACAAUGAACUACAAGGUUGUUCAUAGUUUUGACUAUGCUACCUCAAUCCUAAGCCUUGCAUUGGCUCCCGAUGAUGAGAUGAUUGUGGUUGGAAUGACCAAUAGUGUCUUAAGUGUGAAACACCGGAAGCCCGAGGAAAGGAAAUCAAAUGAACCUGUAGUAAAGAAGCAUCCAAGAUACCGAAUGUUUGUGAAAGGGAAGGACUAUAUGCCGAAACAGGAUGACUUUAUUGUCAGUAAACCAGUAAGACGGCACUUAAGGAAAUAUGACAAGCUGCUUAGAGGUUUCCAGGUGUCAGCUGCUCUUGAUGCUGUACUGGAGACUUCAAUUACAGCAUCAACCCCAGAAGUGACUGUGGCAGUGAUGAAUGAAAUAGAUCGAAGAGGAACCCUUAAAAAUGCCCUAGCGGGGAGAGAUGAGAAACAGCUCAGUGUGAUACUCAUCUUCCUCAUGAAGCACAUGGUGGAUCCUCGAUUUGCCCCAAUAUUAUUAAGUGUAGCAGAAAAAGUUAUAGACAUAUAUGCUUCUGUCAUAAACCAGUCGCCUGUAGUGGAUAAAUUAUUUCUGAGGCUCCAAGACACCCUGGAGAAAGAGAUCAGUUACCAGGAAGAACUCCUAGAAGUUUUGGGGAUGAUGGACACUCUCUUUGCCACUAUGGCCAGCAAAAAAAACAGUGUCUCCAGAGAGACCAAACCAACGAGUAUUCCAGAAGAAAAGAACUUGACGGCUUUAAAAUCUCCCUUGUGAUCCAGCCGUUACCAGUGGACGUAUAUUUUUUUUAUACCACUUUUUAAUAUAUUUUAUAUGGGAUGGAUUGACUCAAAGCAGGGGUUUUAAUCCCAUCUAGCCAGUUUCAUAAUUCUGAGGGUCGAGCAGUCGCUGCCUUUUAAAGAACGUGUUGGAGGCGACUUUUAUUUUUACAUGAACUAUAUUUGUCAGUUGAAUACAGGUAAAGGUCCUUGCCCACCAUACAGUUCCCUGUCUGUUUUUGUCUUGUCUUGUUUUUGCAGAAUUGGCAGAGCAUGGUUCCAUCAUCUGUAUGACUGGUAGCUUGGCACUGCCACAUGAGUUGCUUUUCCUUGUUUGGAUAUAAUAUACAUUACAGCAUACUGGGACACAAUAAAAUGACAUACCCUUUCCCAGGUUAAUCCAUAAAUAAAUCUUUGUGGGUAGGACAAAGGACAUUUCCAGGCUAGAAGUCUGAAUGCUGCAAACAUGAAUAACGAAUAAUUUUUGGAGCGGUAAACAUCCAAAGUUCUACGUUUAAGGAUUGGUUACUGUGUGAUGCUGAAGGGAUGUAUAAUAUUACAUA